AUGCCUGAUGUAGGUUCAUUACUUAUAAAAGCAUAUGAACAACGUAAUUUACCAAAAGAUAAACAAGAUUAUGAUUUGAUGGAUAAAGCUUCACAUAAUUUUGCAGCAUAUAUUUGUAUUGACAUAUUAAGAAAAAUUCUUUUUAAGUUUUAUAUAUAUAUAUUUAUUGUUUUUGAAGGAAUUUUCAAUGCAUUAAAACAACUUCAUCGUUUAGCAACAAUUGAUUUGUAUCGUGAAGCUUUAGAUACUGAAUUAAUAGAAGCUAGAGAAACAUCGGAUGCUGAAAGAAAAAUUAAAAAUAUACUAAAUCUUGGUCUAGAUGAUGAUGGAAAAGCAAAUUUUAAUAUAAUUAUAAAUGUUUUGACAAAAAUUUUUAUGGUAUUUGGUAAACAACCAUUUAUUGAUCAAUUAUCACUUGAUCCAUUGUUUUCAUAUAUUAAUCAAAUAUAG